CCGUGUGUUGAGGCUAUCUCAGCUGGCGAUACUCUGCAUUGUUCAGCUCUUUCUGUGGUCUAAAAGACAAUAUUUACAGGAAUAUGUAUCUGUAAGAAGUGACUGUGUUACAAGAGACUGUUUCGGGAAGCGGUGCAGCUUGUGUCUUCGUUGAAAAGAGUCGCAUUGUUAUCGUUUCCUCCAAAAAAGGCAGCUGCUUGUCCUUCAUGUGCUAAAAUGCGCUAGCAAGAGCUGCUGUUGACUGUAUCACAGUGUUGCCUACUCCGAUACCUUCUGCUCCACGAUACGUCCAAAUAUGAUGAUGCCAACCCGGCCCCAGCGGAUCAGUGACAGUGAAUCCAUUGACAGUGAAUCCAAUUACAGUGAAUCCAAGGUGUGGUACUUAAGGAAUGCUGAGGAUGUGUUGCGGGGCCUCAACAAGCAGCGGAAGCGCAACCACUUCUGUGAUGUGGUGCUGGUGGCUGACAAGCAGCGGAUUCCUGCUCACCGAGCCCUGCUGGCCCUCUCCAGCCCAUACUUCCAUGCCAUGUUCACAUUGGGCAUGAGGGAGCAACACUCGGAGGAGGUGGAGCUGGUUGGCAUGUCCUACAUCGGUCUGAAGACUGUAGUGGACUCACUGUACACUGGAAAGCUUCCAUUGGAUGAAGAAAACAUUGACCAUGUGCUGGAAGCUGCCCACUUUUUGCAGGUGGGUCCAGUGGUGGAUAUGUGUGGCCAUUACCUGAAGGAGGAGCUGAGUGAGGACAACUACCUGCACCUGCAGGAGCUGGCGCUGCUCUACAGCCUGAAGCCACUCGAGACGUGCAUUGACGACUUCAUCCUUGCACGCUUUGCCACGCUCUCUUUCACCCCUGAGUUCUCUCACAGCAUUCCUUUACACAAACUCACAUCCUACCUCUCCAGUGGCCAGGUUCAGCAUGACAGUGAGGAGGCGCUUCUCCAGGCCACCCUGCAGUGGCUCAGCCAGACUCCUGAGCGGACUGCCCACGCCGCACAGCUCCUCUCCCACAUCCGCCUCCCUCUGGUGCCAGCCGAGGACCUGAUGGGCCGAGCGCUGCCGGCGGUGCGGGCCCUGCUGAAGGAGGAUGCCAGCUGCAAGGCCCUGCUGGAGGAAGCUGAGUCAUAUCACGCCAGGCCCAGCGCCCAGCCGCUCCUGCAAACAGGACGCACCGCGCCGAGAGGAGGUGUAGAGCGCCUACUGCUGAUUGGAGGAGAGGUGCCAGAACGUGGAGAGGAGCUAAGCGCCAAUGUUUGCUGGCUGGACGGUGACGAGAAAAACUGGGUGGUGGAAACUGCGCUGCCGUCAGAGCGGAGCCACCACCGCCUGGCAGUGCUGGGGGGCUUCAUCUUCACUGCUGGUGGCAGCUCGUCCAGGGACAACGGUGGAGGCGCUUCCUGUAACCUGCACAGAUACGACCCCCGCCACAACCAGUGGACCACGGGUGCUCCAAUGAACGAGCGGCGUGCAGAUUUUUACCUGGGGGCGAUGGGAGACUGCCUAAUUGCCGUGGGUGGGAGGAAUGACACCGGAACAUUGUCCUCUGUGGAGGUUUACCAUCCCGCUGAGGACAGCUGGUCCUACGUGGCAGAACUGCCCAGGUCUACGUAUGCCCAUGCUGGGACCGUCUACAAGGGUGUAGUCUGCAUCUCAGGCGGUCACGACUCUCAGAUCGGCCCAUACCGCCGAGAUUUCCUGAGUUAUAAUUCAUGCCGGGACUGUAAUGUGUGGGUGGAACAACAGCCCAUGUCUGUGGCCCGGGGCUGGCAUUGCAUGGCCUCCCUUAACCACCUCAUCUAUGCCAUCGGGGGCAGUGAUGACAACGCAGACACCACUGAGCGCUUCGACAUCCUGGAAGUGGAAUCUUUCAACCCAAGCAGCAGCCAGUGGACCCGGGUGUCACCGCUGCUGCUGCCCAACAGCGAGGCAGGGCUUGCAGUCUGGAAAGACAGAAUCUUUGUGCUCGGGGGCUACAGCUGGGAGGGUAUGGAGUUCUCCAGAGCCACUCAGGUGUACUACCCUUGGAUGCGCUCAUGGCUUAGGGGACCUGACCUGCCGAAUCGCACCGCAGGGGCCUCGGCAUGUGUGUGCACUUUGAAGCCCUCACCAUCAUCACCCUCUCCAGAGAAGAAGAACUAGGUGGGAAAAGGGAUAAAAGGAAGAUUACACCCCAUGUAACAACUGUGAUGAGGGACUUUUUCUUUGUCUGAAAAUACAGGGCCUGACUUUUGGCUGAGACACAGCCUGAUGCAUAUUUCUGAUACAAAAUAUUUUUUUUUAUAUAAGAUACAUAUUUAGUUAUGUCCCUAUUCAUUUUCUCACAAUCUCAGAGGGACUGCAGCAUCAAAAAAGGGAAGAGAAGUGGUAAUAAUGGUUACCAGUUUUUAUAAAUUUUUUGGUAAAGAUUCAAAAUCAGAAUCAGAAAAGCUUUAUUGCUAAGUCUGGUUUUUACACAUACAAGGAAUUUGUUUUGGUGUUGUAGGUGCAUCUCACACAUUCUCUAAAUAUAAGAAGGUUAAUGAAAAUCAAGAAUUCGAAUAUAAACAAAACCCCAUUAAAAAUGAAUGCAAAGACCUGCGUUUUUGCAGCACCAUCUGACGGCCGACGUGGUUGGUGUGAAUGCCCACUUAGACACAAAUGCGGAAGAGAGGCUCAAAAUGACUUGAUGUCAAACUGCCAAUUAUGAAAACCCUUUCUACAUACAGUGUCCUCUAUCCCAGUCUGUUGCAUCUUUGCAGUCUAUCUCUGUUACAUGCGAUACUUGCAGGCCCAGAGCAGAAUACCUCGCUGACGGUGAACUCGGGAUCAUUGGCCUUCCCUGUGCCUCUCACAGUCGUCUGUCUGUUUUCCUCACUCUUGUUUCCAAGCCGAACAGACAAUAAGAUGAAUUGGCUAUUCGGCCGACGGCCAGCGGUCGCCUCGGUGUGUUAGGGACCUUCAGAAACCAAAGCACAUAUCGUUUUGUGCUUUUUCAAGGUCCAUCCCCCACUGCCUACCUUAACACAUAUUUAGAGAGUUUAUGUAAGAAAAUGAUAAUGUUCACUACUGUAUAUUGUAGUAAAAUUUCAUAAAUUUUUCAGAAUCUUUUAUUGGACUUUGCAUUUGCAAGUCUUAACCUGUCAAAUUGCCUUCAUUAAAAAAGAAUUGAUUGUGUAACAUUAACAUUAAAAGUCACUUUUCAGAGCUUAUUAAUGCCCUAAAAUGUGUUGGUCACAUUCAUUACGAUCACAUUUGGAGCACUGAAUCAAAUCAACUUUAUUUAUAAAGCACUUUACACACAACACAGUUGAUCCAAAGGGCUUUGCAGCAGUGGUUCUGUGCCAGGGACCUUUACAUUCAGAAAGAAACUUCUAGGGACGAGUUGUCAUUUUUAAGAUGCAUCGUUUAAACAAAACAAGCUGUUACCGUUUUACACAGUGCUCAAUCUACAGUGGUUUUAUUUGCAUGUUAUGUACUAAGUGGCAACAAAGGCUAAUUGUAUGAAUAUAAUCUAUUUUAACAUUCAGACCAUUUCACAAAAUAUUUCAUUUUUCUCCCAUACUAAUUAUUAAGGUAAAGUAUGUAAGCGUCAUCAGGGAAACAUACUUAAAGUAUAAAAAGUUAAAGUACUCAAAAAUCCUCACAUUUUAGAUACUGGAAACAAUCAAAACACUUCUGUCAAUUAAAUGUUUAAUUGGCUAAUAAUUUCAGCUGUAUGGCAUUAUAUUGUUGGGUAGUAUUUUAUAAACUACAUGUGUUUUGUGUGCAAAAAUCUUAAUUUGUAAAUUAACUACUAACUAAAGCUUUCAGAUUAAUGUUGUGGAGUAAAAAGUACAAUAUUUGCCUAUGAAAUAGAACUAGAAAGCAUGAAGAGAAAAGACUUGAGUACAAUACAAGUACCUCAAAGUUGUAAUUAAGUACCGUAGUAAAUGUACUUAGUUACAUUGCACCACUGGCGGAUGGAAAUCAAGGGAAAGAAUGAAGUUUGGAGAUGAUGCAGAGCUACAGUACAUUAAGUUAAAAAUCUACCUGAUUCAUUUGUUUGUCUUCAAUCAUGAAAUACGAGUCCCAAGUUUUGUUUGCAUGUGAUUUUAAGGGGGAUUUAACCAAUGGAUGAGAUGAGGAAAAGUAAUUUUGGUCAAAUGCUGUUGUCCAAAUAAAAGAACAUUUACAGUU